AUGCAGUUCAUGAUAUUGAUGAUAUGCGUGAUCGGCGCUAGCGCUCACACUCUUGAGAUGCCUGAAGAUCCAAAGGAAAAAGGUCUGAUAGAUUGGAUAAAUAACUGGAUCGGAACAACAUCCACUCUACCGACCAUAGUAAUACCAGCAAACGAUCCACCCGAGGACUGCCCACCUUGCCAGUGCGGGAUUGCACGUACAAGAAGGCGCAUCGUUGGUGGGUCCGAAACCAAAAAACUAGAGUUGCCAUGGAUGGCAGCCCUUUUCUAUGGAGGAAGAUUCUAUUGUGGAGGCUCCGUCAUAAAUGAUUUGUAUAUAGCUACAGCUGCCCAUUGUACUUCUGGAUUCCGCAAGGAGAAGAUCACAGUUCGAUUAUUAGAACAUGACAGAAACACGGCCAAUGAAACCAAGACUGUUGAAAGAAAAGUGGCCAGUAUCAUCAGACAUCUUAGAUACAACCCAAGCACAUACGAUAAUGAUAUUGCUUUACUAAAACUGGAUAAGAGAAUUGAUCUCAGCAGCGCCGUAAAGCGUGCUGGUUUAGGAGAAGACGAAUCUGAUGUUAGCGACGUUGGUGUCCGCCCUGUUUGUCUGCCACCAGCACACCUUUCCUUUAGUAACGAAACAGCCAUGGUUUCUGGAUGGGGCACUACGGAAGAGGGCGGAUCAGUUUCUAGUACCUUACAAGAGGUCCAUGUUCCAAUAUUAUCAAACUCUGAAUGCCGUGAAACCACUUAUGGAAGCCGAAUCACAGAAAACAUGAUUUGUGCCGGAUAUGAUGAGGGAGGCCGCGAUGCCUGUCAGGGUGAUUCUGGCGGUCCACUACACGUACGCAAUACUACUACUGAAGCUUAUGAAGUUGUUGGUGUUGUCUCCUGGGGGGAAGGAUGUGCUAGACCAGGCCGUCCUGGUGUAUAUUCAAGAGUAAACAGAUACUUGAGUUGGAUCAAAAGCAAUACAAGAGAUGCCUGCUACUGCCAAUGA